CGCGAACGGCUCCCGAUGCCAUGACUCGGCCGCCCCGGAUGCUCCGGAUCUUCCCAUUCGCUCGUCCCCCUCUGUCUGUCGGCAGGCAGGCAAGCAUCGGCCCGUCGCGCUCGCACGCACAAUCUCCAUUGGACGAUCCGAAGUCCGAUUUCGCGCUUGGAGACAUUUGCAGAGGCCUGUCGAAUCGUCGUGCAGAGCUCGAAUAUUUGGGCUCCUUCUCUGAGCCUGCUGGAAUUAUUGGCUAGCACGUCAAGAGCACGAUUCUGCGACACGCAGACGCGGAGAAUGUGGAUUUUCUGACGGAAGGGGAGGUUUCGCGCUCUCGGAGGUUGGCAUGUGCGAUUGGGUUCUCUAGAAGUUGGGAGUGGGCUAGUGUGUGGAUUGUAAUUACGAUAGUCGGAGCGAGUUGGAAGUGGCGAGCGGAGGGGAGGCGAUGGGAGGGGGAAGUGGUAAUAUCAAACUCGGAUUUUUUUAAGGGAGGAUUCGGAUUGUGUCCAUAGGCUUUGUGAAGCCGUCGACGACCCAGCGUAUUCGAGCGCGCGUGAGGAAGAGUUUGAUAUCACAGAAAUCGUUUAUCUCCACCUUUACAUGUCCAGGGCGACGUCUUCUUUUGCAAGGGUUUAGGGUUGGGAUGGAGAAUUGAUCCUGGAUUGCGCUGGAUUGCGAUGAACAUAGCUUACUCCUCGAGGAACUAUCUGCUGAUUGAUCAUGUUGACUCGUAUAUCACGUUAUGCAAUGGAUGCCAGCUCCAGUAACAGAAUAAGUAGACAGAUUCAGUGCUUGAUUUGAGAAUUUUCUGUACCUUUAUCGACCUGGAUUGGAAAAACGCUGUGCAAGCGAUCCGUGUAGGCACUUCGGUUCGUUGGUUCGGAGAGUUGAAGACAUGAGAACUGUCAUGACUAUUAUAAGUUAACGCGCCAGUUCAAUCACAGGUCUCAAUGCUUGUUGGCGAAGAAGGAAUUAGCCUACCCAUAUGGAGAAACUCUGAUUGGCGGUUUCAGAAAUAGUCCAUUUCAUUGUACUUCCAGCAGCAGAUUAAAUCUCCCAUUGUGAAUUCAGAUAGUGAAUAAAUCUAAAUUCACAGAAUUCCCCCCGGUGAAAAAAGCUGGUCAAACUGGAGGAAGUAAUGGAACAGCUGGGCCUCACAAUUGCAGAAUGUGGCCCAUUCUGGAAAGAUCCGAUUCAUAUGCGCAGCAACUGCGUGCGAGCUCUGCGUCUAGCGCUCCGCCAGUGGUCUCAUGAAGUCAAACGCAUGAAAAACGUGUGCGUUGAACUCUCAACUGCUGUGCAAAAUUGUGCCCGGCUCGAGCAAAGUCUCCUCCACAACAUUGACGUCGAUAUAUAUCAGAGCAAUCAGGACCAAGUCGCAAGCCUGCUCGGAGCUGCUGAAUCGAUCAUGGCGGUAGAGGAGAUGCAAAAUUUUAUGGCUGAGAGAAACAGGGCUGCGCUUGAUGCAUCUAACCUCUUGUUCGGUUCGAGAGGCGUGAUUAAACUUCCAGAAGUUUGCGCGGGGUGCCAAAUUCCAAGGAGGGGGAACGAGUUAACUAAACCUGUAGUGAAACCAAUGACUGAUGGUUGGCAACCUCGUUGGCCUGGCGAUUUGGGGGAUCCCUUCGAACCUUAUCUACAAUUAAUUGAACAGUAUCUUCACAGUGCCGUGUCCUUUCACGCCAGAGCAUUGGAACAAUUAAGCGCCGCCUUUGGUCAUCUGAGAAAAGCAAGUCAAACAGCUCGCGAUGUGGCAUAUUUACACUCACUAGCAGCUGCAGUAGGAUUGUCUGUGAAGGAGUAUCAGCGGCUGCUGGAAAUGUUUAACAAAAUCGAUAUUGAGAAAGUUGGGACUAUCAGCAAGAGACAGCUGAUGGAGGCUAUGAAGCGGGAUAAAGAUAUUGCUGCAUUUAUGCAAUUAUCCAGGGCUAAGAACAAAGAUGGCAAGCGAGAAACCUUCGAAGGUGUCUUCAACAGAAUUGAUACCGAAGGAUUGGGAGCAGUCACAUGGGAAUCGUUCUUGCACUUCUUCUCCAGCGAAAGGUCACUUACAAGUGACUCGGUGAUGAACCCCAUGUGUGUACAACCAAUGUGUACUCAACCUUUAUGCGUGCAGGCGGCAAUGUGUAACCAGCCCCUGUGCAAACUCCCGUAAUUUGAAGCAUGCCAAUCUUAACAGUGCAACGUAGAAGGAGAUGAAUUUGCUCAUCAUCUUCUAACUUCAUCCUAAUACAAUCUGUAAAAUACAUUUACUAAUCAUAGUAAAGAAAGAGUUCAGUGUCUCUGGCUCAAACUAGAAAUAAAUUAUUGAAGUAAUUUUAAGAACAUUUUCAAGUUCUACAUUUGAGCAACAGAAACACGCACUUCCACAGUGGUGAAAUUGGCUUCGAACUACGCACCCAGCUGAGGGAAAGUUCAGACCGGAUGAAAAGACAUGACAUAAACUGAAUAUGGAAAGGGUCCUUCAUCCCCCCACCAAGACUAGUACCUGCUCACCAGCCCGCAGCAUGGAGAUGACGAGGUAGUAUCUUCCAGACAUGAUGUGUGAAAGACUAGACCUGGACUCUUCCUGAGUGCGAAAAAUCAGGUUUUCACCAGGCAGACUGUUCGGGAUCUCAAAGUAGGAAUCAAAAAUAACUCAGGAAGUCAAUAAUGAGCAGGUGCAAGAAGUGCAGGAAAAACCUGCGCGCCAUCGUUGACGUGAGUUUCAACACGUUGGCCAAAUGGAGUAGAUCAGAGCAUAAUUUUCCGAUUCUUAAAAGGUCCAACCUAAGAGUUCCACUUAUGGAAACAGUAGCUCAUUGACAGAGAAGGACUCUAAAAUGUGAACUACCCUAAAGGUUUCACGAGCCGCUAUGUACCAGCUUCAGCCGUCACGUCCAUCUCUUUGCUCCACACCAAAGUCUGCUCACUCAAGGCUUCCACCGAUAAGCCUGGUCGCAGUAGGUACUACAGCUUUAUCAGGAAAGUUCCUGUAAUGUAAGGUAUUCAUGGUCCUAUUUCCUCCCGUUAUUGUCGCCGUUGAGUCAAAGUUGUCAAAUCCCUCCAAGAUAUAAGAUUCUGGAAUCGGCCUAAUCCGCUUCAGUAGUCGGCUUACUAAGUUGAGCCAUUCAGCCUCAUUUUCGAAAUAUCCUGCUCCAUUCCAUAUGAUUGGCUCGGUGACGGACUAAUUUCUUUGUCAAACUCACAAUCGAAACCAUCAGCUUUGAUGAUACCUUCUGGGACCUGUAAAUCUCGAUCAGAAAUGCUCGAAAGGUCGUUGUACAAAGAAGAAGAGAUGCUCUGGGUCGAGGAUUGUGAUGGAGAUCCUGC